AUGGGAAAUGUUACAUCCGCUGAUGUCACUAAACGGUGGAUUUAUGAUGUGCCCCCAUCUUAUGAUGAUCGCCGGCCUAAAAAAUUGCGCUCCAUGAUCAGGUCCUCAUCUAACCGCAAAGCAAUCAAAAUUACGCUAUCAUAUCAUUCUAAUAGCAAUUGUUCAUCCGAAAAUGAAUCGUCCUAUUGUUCAUCUACUUCAUCUAGGAAAAUUCGCUCCAGCAGCAACUCUAGGCGCUUUGACUCUUCUCGAAUUAGGUCUAGAACUACUUCCAAUUACAGGGAAAGGAGAAUUGGUACAAAUCGUGCCUGGCAUUCUGCCUUGUCUGUGCUACUUAACACAAAAUUGAUCCAGUAUAUUGAAUGUUACAUAUCGUAUUUAAAACAGCAUGCACUAGUUUCAGAUGAACAUUUAUGGCAUAAGGAAUGGAACAUACCGAGUUGUCGCAACUUGUAUGAUUUCCUUGCCAGUUACACAAAGAUUGUAAUUGGUGAAAAGUCGCAUCUACAAUCUGAAUUAUUUGCGUUUAGAAGAUUGUAUAGUGUAUAUGAUUACUUCAUUGGAUCUUUUUAUUCAUACCUAAAUUCUAUAGCUGAAGAAUGCACUUCUGUUUGCAAUGCUGUAAAAGGCGCCACUAAUAAUGAACUAAAGAGAUCAUUUGAAUUUGGUGACAUUGACAAUGAAGACAUAAUCAGCAUGGGUAGGUGCUGCAAGAGACAAAAACUAUCUAUGAAUGACGCAUUGAUUGUGGGAGUCAAUGUAGUCCGAAAUUCACAGUUCAAGGAGCUAUUUUCCAGGUUUACUGACAAAAAUCCAGUUAAAAUGUUAAAUACUUCGCAGAAAGCCAUGGCAGCCCUAAACAGGCUAUAUAAGAUGAUAAUGGCCUUGAAUAUGAAUUAUCAAAUUUGUAAUCGGCCUAGUAAAAUGAUGAGAAGCGUUAAAGAUGGACUAUUUUCGUUAAAAUUUUCGCCAUUAUUACCUGCACCACAACUCCCAAAUUUUCCACAAUUGCCUCAAUUGUCACAGUUAAGUACUAUGUUAUCCCCUUAUAUGACUUCUGUCUCAACUAUCAAACUAGUCCCUUCAAUAGGGUCAAUAAGGUUGAUCUCCUACAUUGCAUCAAUGACAAAUAUAAGGAGUAUUGUAAGGACUGUAGUUGAUAAUGAUACUAAUAAUAAAAUUGUUCUUGGCGGUGAAUCCAAUAUAUUUGAUGAAAAUGUCGAUGAAAAGGAGCAGCGUUUUAAAGAAUACAUCGCUAUGCAUACAUCGCAUUGGGGUGAAGAGGCCUAUGAUCAUGUAGAAGUUAGGUUAUGUACCAAUAAUGAUAUUAACAGUUUUGGGAUUCCAGAUACUUGUACAGUUAUGUAA